CAUAGCGUCACUAUUUAUUUUCCUACCUUCCACCCGGAUGUUGUUCUCACUAGGAACACAUGUCGAUGAAAACACAAUCGUGUCGCUUCUGAAAUGGAAUUAAACUUCAAGAAAACGAGCUCACAUGCUUUGCUGUCAUGUGGCAAUGGCGGAGGUCUCAGUGAGAAGCUUCUCCUCAAGCGAAAGGCUGGCAGAUCCCUGCAGACAGAGAGAGUCCCGAGAAGCAGCGUAUUGGAGCGGCUGCAGAGCUUCCUGCCUCAGAUGGCUGAGGCCAACGAGAAGCUGAAGCACCAGAUGGAGGAAGCUCCUGCUGGAAGCUUUGACAUAGAGAGCGUGGAGAAGGCAGAGAGGGUCAUAGAGAUGGUGCGUGUCUGUCUGCUGCUAAAUGACAUAGCGCUGGUGGAUCUCAGCGGGUCAGACAGCGACUCCAAAGAUGAAGAGGAGACUUCGGACUCUGAGGACGAAUCGUACUCUGGUGAGGAGAGCGGGAUCACAGAGCAGAACCUCAAAUUACCCGGAGACAAAGGCAAGACGAAGAAAGCCAACAUCCAGGUUAUUGAUCAACAGGGAGAGUAGAGAAGUUGUCCACACAGACUUUUUGGCUGCGUAUUGAGUUUAUUUGCCCUCUGUAGUGAUGUGGAUAAAACUGACCAACGACAAACGACGACUCAGAGAACAGAAAGCUCUUGCGUGGAGAGAUGCAGAUCUUCCCUUUUAGAACAGUAAAUAUUAUUUUGUACAUUUAAAGUCGCAAAAGUGCCUUCGGAGCCAGAACACAUACUGUGAUUACCUCAUCCAGUCUGGCCAUCAUCUGACCGUGUGACCUCUAAUUGUACAGGAUGUGUUUAGGUGUAACACUGUGGAUCACCUUGUUUUUGGCCUCUGUUUUCAUGAGCUUGAACACAUUCUUACAGCAAUUUAGGCUACAAGCUAUUUGUGAUUUUCUAGAGGAAGAUGGGUCCUUGAAUUAAUUCAGGCUAACAUAUUAGCUAGCUGAAAUAAUCCUGUUAAUAAUAAUCCUUCAUAUUGUCAUAAUUAAACCAUGUUCUCUGUUCAAUUGCUCUGAUUAUUCAGAAACUUUAGUUGAAGUAUUUCGUUUGCUUAUAAUGUUGCAAACUAUAUGUGGAUUGGUUCUUUUUUUAAGGAGCAGUGUGUAAGAUUUAGGGGGAACUAUUGUCAGAAUAUGGCAGAAAUGGAAUCUAAUAUUCAUAAGUAUGUUUUCAUUAGUGUAUAAUCACCUGAAAAUAAGAAUCGUGUUUUCGUUACCUUAGAAUGAGCCCUUUAUAUCUACAGAGGGAGCUGGUCCUCUUCCACCAAGUCAUGUUGCACGGCCAUGUUUCUAAAGAAGCCCAGAACGGCUUCCCGGCCACCGUAGGUUCUCCUGCACGCUUUGAAGGGGAGUGUGAGGCGAGUGGUGUUCAGUUGGUUGCAAUCUGCAGCCUCACCGCUAGAUGCCACUAAAUCCUACACACUGUACUGUCUUUUAAGUAAACUGAUUUUGUUUUAUUGUAUAGCCCAUUUUGUCACAUAUAGGUGUUGAAAGUGUGUGUGAAGGUGUAUGAACAUUUUUAUAAAAAUUAAAUUGUAUUAAUCAUACCAAAAGAUAUGAUUAGACCAACA